GUGAACGAAGAAGAAGAAGUUUCUGAUGAAGCGGAAGAAGAAGAAGUUUCUGAUGAAGCGGAAGAAGAAACUGCGAAAGAAGAAGACAACAAAGGAGAUAUUGCAAAAGAAGAAGACAACAAAGGAGAUGAUAUAGAAAAUAUUGCAAUGUCGGUUAGAUUUACUCAUGAUGGAUGGACAAUAGAGGACGAAUUAUCAACGUACACUGAUUAUACCCGUAAGACACCUUCAAUUGAGCCGGGUAAUGCUUCUACCUCUCUAGUUGAAAUUGACCUAGAUACCUCUCAGAAACCACCUUCAAUUGACCCUUUUGAGUUAAUUAACAUUGCCCCUCUAUUUGACAACACUGCUUCUACCUCUGCUUCUACCUCUCUAGCACCUUCAAUUGACCCUUUUGAGUUAAUUAACAUUGCCCCUCUAAUUGAACCUGAUGAGAAUUAUUUGCUUAACGGUUAUCGAACCAUUGGAGAAGGAAUGACGAUAGAAUCGUCAUUCAUCGAAUGCAGCCAACUACAAUUCCAAAAUUUUAUAAAAUUGAGAAAACUUGGGAGUGCAAGCCCACACUUUUUAACCCCAUUUCAAAUCGUUUCAUCUCAUUCCCAAAGGUAUUUGGAGGUGGAAACGGUUCAAGCCUUCUUUCGCAAGAAAUUUCAGAGUUUUUCGUCUAACAAUACGGCACUAAAUCUAAAUUCUCAUGAGGCUGUAGAGUUAUGGUGGAAGACGAUUAAAGACGAUUUUUACAUUAUUUUUAGGAAUGUUGUAAGUGGGUUAAUGUUUCAUCGUAAGAAACAACGAUGCUCUUGUGGAGAUCUCGAAAGAAGCAUUUUUGUGUUGAGGAAGAGCGAAAACUAUGAUGAUGAUGCAUUUGAGAUACGUGGGAAAUUAAUGUCAUCAUUGAUAGAAAGCGGAAACUUUAUUGCAGAAGUCAAUCAAUUGCAGGCGAUAAUGGAAUCUAUUAUUUAUCCCCAGCCACUACCUUAUGUUUAUACUCCCUCCUGCUCUGAAGUUAAUCUGUUUUUAGACUUCCUUUCUUGUUACUCGUAAGUGUUUUUUUAUCUCCCUUCUUCAUUAGAUAUAUAUUUUCAUAAAACAAAUUUAUGUAUAAUUAUAGUUAUAAUUCCAAUUCUAAUUUUGUAGGAAUUUUAGUAAUGCUUGUUUCCUUUGGAUUGUGAACCAUCCAUUUCUGUGGAGUUCAUAUGAACGAGUAUUAUUUAUGAAAGAAUUGGCGAGCUUGCACAAGGCUAGGAGGAAUAUAACACAUAAGCUCGGCAGACAUCUUCAGCACCGUCUUGGUACUAAAGUUCCUUGGACGUCACUUGUUAAAGAUGAUUUG